UGUAGGUGUGGGUGCAAGUAGUGUAAUGUAAUUCCACAUCUACACCCAUACCCUAAUUUUCUAGCCGGAAUGUUGUCUUGAAUAAAAAUGAAAUAUUUCAAGAAUAGUAGGAGUAUACAAAUGUUAUAUGAGUUAAUUUCUACAAUUCUGCGAAUAUUUCAUUACUAAAUUUAUAAAAAAUGUAAAAUGAGUUGUCAAAAUUAUUAUAGUCGAGAUGUAAUUAAAGUAAAGAUCAUAAAAUUGCAAUGACAAUGUAAGGCAUCUAAAGAUUUCCUGUGUUAUUAUAAUGCACUAAGAGUUACGAUCGAUAGAUUGUUAGAGAAGAAGAAGAGGAGGAGGACGACGACGACGACGACGACGAAAGAAAUUAGGAAUAAAGCCUUAUCCAAUCAUUUAGUCUCUUUCUAAACUCAUUUUUGUAAUCUAGAAUCACCUACCACAUCAAUUUCAACAACAACAUCAACAUCAACAACGUCAACAACAACAUCAACAUCAACAACGUCAAAACCGAAAUUUGACAAAUGGAAACAAAAUGCCAUCACUGUGGCUGGUGGAAAUGGAAACGGAAAAGAAUUAAAUCAACUCUCUAGUCCUGUUGGAAUCUCUAUUGAUCAAAAGAAAAAUAUUUUCAUUGCUGAUGAAUAUAAUAAUCGUAUUGUCGAAUGGAAAUAUAAUGCAAAGGAAGGACAAAUCAUUGCAGGUGGAAAUGGGCAAGGAAAUCGAGUAGAUCAAUUAAGUCGACCAGCAGAUGUGAUUGUUGAUCAACAAGAUCAUUCGAUCAUCAUUGCUGAUUAUGGGAACAAACGAGUGAUUCAAUGGUUGAAUCAAAAGCAACAGAUUCUUAUGCAGAAUAUUGCCUGUUACGGCUUGGCAAUGGAUAAAGAUGGAUUUCUUUAUGUCUCUGAUCAUAGUAAUAAUGACGUGAGAAGAUGGAAAAUGGGUGAAUACAACAAAGAAGGAAUUGUAGUGGCAGGUGGAAAUGGAAGAGGGAAUCAACUCAAUCAACUCAAUAAUCCUGCUUUUAUUUUUGUUGAUGAAGAUCAAUCUGUUUAUGUACCGGAUUACAAUAAUCAUCGUGUAAUGAAAUGGAGAAAAGAUGCAAAAGAAGGAACAGUUGUGGCUGCAGGAAAUGGUCGAGGAGCAAAUCUCAAUCAAUUGUGGUCACCUGAAGGAGUAAUUGUUGAUCAUUCGGGUCAAAUAUAUGUGGCGGAUAAUGGGAAUCAUCGAAUAAUGCGUUGGUGUGAAGGAAAAGAAGAAGGUGAAAUUGUUGUUGGUGGAAAUGGUCAAGAAAAUCAAUUGAAUAAUCCCAGUGGUUUAUCUUUUGAUGAUGAAGGAAAUCUUUAUGUUGCUGAUAAUUUGAAUCAUCGAAUUCAAAAAUUUGAAAUAAUUUUGUGA